CCGCCGCGACCAGUGCGAUCAGAGUCCGCAUCAGUACCGGGUGUCUUCUCCGCCACACACCAACGCGCGCACACUAUUUUCUCUUUUUCGUCUUUUUUUUUUCUCGUUCCCCUCUGUUUCUCGUUUCUCGUUUUUCUCCUCCACGCGCGCGCCCCACGCUUAACGUAAUCGCUUGCUUCUCGUCUGCCGCCGUUGAAAAUAUCAGCGCGGGCUAAAGAAACCGGCAACGUUCGAUAGCGAUACAACAAUUCAAACCGACCGUAAACAUCACGAGUGCGUUGACCAUAUAGAAACCAUCGCAGCUCCUAGCAACGAACACCCCGUAGAGAGCCGCCGAUUACCGCAAGAGUAUCAGCAGCAACGGCCGAUGCGAACUUCGGGUCCUGUUGUUGCGUUACCAUUGUCGUAGUCGCGUCGUUACCGCGCCGUCGACUUGUUUGCAGCCCGGCGGGCCACGGUCACCGCGCCAACAGCCAUCACGUACUGCUACACGUACCCGGGGGCACUGCACGUAGCCGGAGAGCAACAGCCGCCACCGUUGCGGACUUGUUGCGCGCACUGUUGCUCGCCCGCCGCCGCCGCCGCCGCCGCCGCCGCCGCUGCCACCACCGUCGCUGCCGCCACAGCUGCAUACCACCACGUAUACCAGCCGCAACCGCCGCCGUCGCAGCAGCAGCAGCCACCGCCGCCACCGUCGUUGCAACAGUAUCAGUUGGCCGUUGCCGUGACGCCGCAACCGAAGACGCCCCCGCAGCACGUUGGCCUGUACCACUUGGCCGGUGCGUAUCAGCCGCAGCAGCAACAACACCAUCCGCAGCAGCCUCUGUACUUAGAAUCCAUCACGACGGCUCCUCCGACAGCGACCAUCGCCACGCCGGCAGCGGCUUCCGCCGCCGUGCAGGACGACGUGGAAAUGCGCGGGUCUGACGAGAUGGUUACAUCACCUGGAGUUGAAGGAGGACCGGUAAGCAAUGGAGACACGAUGGGAACUAAUCACGUGGACAACAAUAACGAUGCGAAGAAGGUCAAACUAGACAAAACUGCCAACAACAAGCCGUCCCGAGUGAUACACAUACGCAACAUACCCAACGAAGUCACCGAGGCUGAAGUUAUACAUUUGGGCAUUCCGUUUGGCAAAGUCACCAAUGUGCUUGUACUCAAAGGGAAAAAUCAGGCCUUUUUGGAGAUGGCAGACGAAACCUCUGCAUCUGCUAUGGUCACAUACUUCACGACUUGUACGGCUCAACUAAGGGGCCGUGCUGUGUUUAUACAGUUCAGCAAUCACAAGGAACUAAAAACCGACCAAACACACAGUAAUGCUAACGCAUCGGCUCAAGCUGCUCUACAAGCGGCCCAAGCACUGGCCGGCCAGAGUGAUGUACAAGGUGGUCCGAACACAGUGCUUCGAGUAAUCGUCGAACACAUGGUAUUCCCGAUCAGUCUUGACGUCCUUUACGAGAUAUUUUCACGUUACGGCAAAGUGCUGAAAAUCGUCACGUUCACCAAAAAUAACUCGUUCCAAGUGCUGAUCCAGUAUCCGGACGUGGUCACCGCACAAUCUGCCAAAUUGUCGUUGGACGGACAAAAUCUGUUUCAUACCGGUCAUUUGUUCGACCUGUCGCAUUUGAAUAACUCGUUGGACGGCCAAAACAUUUACACAUCGUGCUGCAAGCUGCGCAUCGAGUACUCGAAACUGUCCAGCCUGAACGUCAAGUACAACAACGACAAGUCGCGCGACUACACGAACCCGACGCUGCCCAACGGUGACAACACGGUAAUGGAAACGCUGGCGGCGCUCGGCGUGGACUCUGUGGCCGGCAAUCAGCUGCUGCCGCACCAGCUCAGCUUGCUGCUGUCUGGCGUGCCAAACGCCGCCGCCGGUAUUCCCCAGGCCCGUAGACAGCUGACCACCAACGCGGACCACAGCCGGCUCGCGGGUAGCCCAGGCAUGUUGACUCCGUCGUUCAACGCCGUCCAUGGACUUGCGUCGCCGCUGGCCACAUCGUUCGCGAACACGCCCGUAACGAGCAUGCCGCUAGGCUUCACACUGCCCGGCGGCUCGUUGGCGGCCAGUACGCUGAGACUCCCGGGUCAGAUGACCGGACAGACGUGCGUCUUGUUAGUUAGCAACUUAAACGAAGAGAUGGUCACGCCAGACGCUAUUUUCACUUUGUUUGGUGUAUAUGGAGACGUAUUACGCGUAAAGAUCUUGUACAACAAAAAAGACGGAGCUCUGGUACAAAUGGCUGAACCGCAUCAAGCACAUUUGGCCAUGCUACAUUUGGACAAAGUUCGCCUGUAUGGCAAAUAUAUUCGAGUGAUGCAGUCCAAGUAUCAGACGGUUCAGUUGCCUAAAGAAGGACAGCCUGACUCUGGACUGACAAAAGAUUACACCUCGUCGCCUUUGCACCGAUUCAAGAAACCUGGUUCCAAAAACUACCAAAACAUAUAUCCACCGUCGUCCACUCUGCACUUGUCAAACAUACCGACAACAUUGUCGGAAGAUUUCUUGAAGACUGCCUUCGAAACCAACGGUUUCACCGUCAAAGACUUCAAAUUCUUCCCCAAAGACCGCAAAAUGGCGCUUAUACAAAUGGAAUCCUUGGAGGAAGCCGUCGCCGCACUUAUCAAGAUGCACAAUUAUCGGCUCAGUGAACAAAAUCAUCUUCGCGUAUCGUUUUCAAAGUCCAACAUUCAACCGGACACACUGACACCCAACUAGGCUCCUUCUCCUACGCUUUAGAAUUACUGGACAGUGUUGCCGAAACGCGCGACAGUCAAUGAUCUUUAUGAAUACGACUGUGUUUUGCAAGUAUUUUAUUUAUAAUAUUAUUGUUUCAUAUUUUAAAUUUAAUCGUAAACAGUAUUAUAUAUUUUUUU